AUGCGCUCCGUUGUCGCAACUGCCGUGUUCCUCGCCACGGCCAGCGCCUGGACUCCUCAGUCCAGGUAUAAGGCCAGCGGCAAAGACGCCAAGGGCCUGACGUGGCUGCCCGGCAACGACAAGUUCCGGGGCGUCAACCUCGGGUCGCAGUUCAUCAUCGAGCCGUGGAUGGCGGCCGACGAGUUCUCGAGCAUGGGGUGCGGUGGGCUCAACGACGAGUGGUCAUGCGUCGAGAAGCUCGGCCAGGACGCCGCCGACGCCGCGUUCAAGAAGCACUGGGACUCGUGGACCACGCAGGACGACGUCAAGCAGAUGGCGUCCCUCAAGCUCAACACGGUGCGCAUCCCCGUGGGGUUCUGGCUCAGGGAGGACCUCGUCCAGGACGGAGAGCACUUCCCCCGCGGCGGGAUCGAGUACCUCGACCGCCUCGUCGGAUGGUGCAAGGACGCUGGGCUGUAUGUCAUUAUGGAUCUGCACGGCGGUCCGGGGGCCCAGUUUCCGAACCAGCAGUAUACCGGCCAUGGCGUGAGCCAGCCUGGCUUCUACAACAAUGACAACUAUGAGCGCGCGGCCAAGUUCCUCGAGUGGAUGGCCGAGCGCAUCCACACCAACGCCGCGUACAGCACCGUCGGCAUGCUCGAAGUGAUGAACGAGCCCGUCCACUCGGGUGACUACCCCAACGAAGCCGCCGACAUGGUCAAGACGUUCUACCCCCUGGCGUGGAACCGCAUCCGCGACACGGAGAGCCGCCUGGGCGUCGCGGACGCCGACCGACUGCACAUCCAAUUCAUGAGCAAAGCCUGGGGCUCCGGCGACCCGUCCAGCGCGCUGCCCAGCACCGACGACGCCGCCUUCGACGACCACCGCUACUACAAGUGGGACGGGUCGGUGGCAAAGACCAAGGACGGGUACAUCGGGGCCGCGUGCGGCGACCGGCGCGAGGACGGCGUCAUCGUCGGCGAGUGGUCCAUCUCCGUCGCCGACGACGUCGAGUCCAACGACGAGUUCGGCAUCCGCGGCCGCCCCGAGCAGGCCGCCUGGUACAAGGGCUUCUGGGCCGCGCAGGUCCAGGCCUUUGAGAAGUCGGCCGGCUGGGUGUUUUGGACGUGGAAGUGCAACUGGAUCAACGGCUUCGACGAGUGGCGCUGGUGCUACAAGUCGGCUGUCGCGGCGGGCGCCAUCCCCGACGAUGCGGGUAGUGCUGCCAGUAUCAGCCCUUGCUGA